UCUAGAUAUCUAUGCUUUGUACCAUGAUACUAUCCUCACUCUCUUUACUCGGAUUAACCAGUAUUGCGAUGGCCCUGGCACCGCCGCUGACGGUGCAGUAUCAAUUUCCAACAGCAAUAUCCGAUAAUAUGAAAGUGCCAGUGGUUCUAGGAGUCAUGUCUCGCUGCCCAGAUGCAAUUCUGUGUGAAUCUGUGUUCAACCGCGUAUUACAAAGAGUAGGCCAGAAAGUAGAGAUUUCAUUGUCAUUCAUCGCCAAACCAAAUGCCUCGGAGCCUUAUGGCGUAACUUGCAUGCAUGGACAAGCGGAGUGUGCCGGAAAUGUGCAAGAGUUGUGCGCUGCCAAAUAUCACACUACUGCUGAAUGGUGGUCCUUUAUGCAAUGCCAAAACUUUCAGGGGAGUGAUAAUAUCGGCACGCCUGAAACUGCCCUCAACUGCGCCAACGCAGCGGGAAUCGACUGGGAAAACGGCAAAGCUGGUCGAUGCGCAGGAAAAGACGGCCGUGGAACGGAAGGAAUACAACUUUUGCAACAGAGCGCCAGGGAUAGCAUCGCAGCUGGGAUCCAGAAAAGCUGCACAAUCAUCAUCAAUGGUCAACAAGUAUGUAUACGGGAUGGCACUUGGUAUGACUGCGAGGGCGGUCAUUCGCCGGGAGAUUUCAUCAGACAAAUCAACGAAGAGUAUGACAGACUCAACAGCGCUGGCUGAAGAAAGGAGACAUAUUGUUUAACAUUAAUCUCAUGAUCCACGUCAGUGCACGUACAUAAUACCACUCAGCCACCAAGAAUUAGCUCGUACACAAUUAUGACAAGAUUCAGUCCUAUUAGUGGUACUUUGUGCGGAAACGUAAGUGUGUCAAGUUCCGACUUGAGGCUUGUGCCACUUACUACGCAUGAGGGUCCGCACAGCA